CUCUUAAAAGCCCGGGCGCCGAGCGAGGCAUCCUAGCAGAGCUGGAGAGGCGACGAGCGGGAGGCAAGGCUGUCGGACUCGAGCUGGCACCCGGGGACCGCGGCUGUCACUGCGCUCCGAGCAUCCUGGUGGCUUCCCGAGUAGACGAGCCCGGCCCUGCGGCAGCUGCGGGUGCAGCCCUAGCACCCUGCCCUCUUGCCGCUCUCGUGGAGCCUCACACCCCGGACGAGCGUUCGUGAUUUAGCACAAAGCACGUUUCCAAAAAGCGCACGGGAGAGCUCCCGCGCCGCGCUCCCGCGCACGCACCCCCCCUUCCCCUUUGUUUCGGGGGUCGACAGGCUGCUCUCCUCCCCAAGUCUGAAUUCUUCGCGGGGGGGCGGAGGGCCGCCGAGUCUAGGCUGUGAAGAUGCCCUUGGAGCUGACUCAGAGCCGAGUGCAGAAGAUCUGGAUCCCCAUCGACCACCGCCCCUCGCUGCCCAGAUCCUGUGGGCCGAAGCUGACCAACUCCCCCACUGUGAUUGUCAUGGUGGGCCUCCCAGCCCGGGGAAAGACUUACAUCUCAAAGAAGCUGACUCGCUACCUCAACUGGAUUGGCGUCCCCACGAAAGUGUUCAAUGUCGGGGAGUACCGCCGGGAGGCCGUGAAGCAGUACAGCUCCUACAGCUUCUUCCGCCCCGACAACGAGGAAGCCAUGAAAGUCCGCAAGCAGUGCGCUCUAGCCGCCCUGAGAGACGUCAGAAGUUACCUGACAAAGGAAGGGGGCCAAAUUGCAGUUUUCGAUGCCACCAAUACUACCAGAGAGAGGAGACACAUGAUCCUUCAUUUUGCCAAAGAAAAUGAUUUCAAGGUGUUUUUCAUUGAGUCUGUGUGCGAUGACCCUAUGGUUGUGGCCUCCAACAUAAUGGAAGUUAAAAUCUCCAGCCCGGAUUACAAAGAUUGCAACUCAGCAGAAGCCAUGGACGACUUCAUGAAGAGAAUCAGUUGCUAUGAAGCCAGCUAUCAGCCCCUCGACCCCGACAAAUGUGACAGGGACCUAUCCCUGAUCAAGGUGAUCGACGUGGGCCGGCGGUUCUUGGUGAACAGAGUUCAGGACCACAUUCAGAGCCGCAUCGUGUACUACCUGAUGAACAUCCACGUGCAGCCCCGCACCAUCUACCUGUGUCGGCAUGGCGAGAGCGAGCACAACCUCCAGGGGAAGAUCGGAGGGGACUCGGGUCUGUCCAGCAGGGGCAGGAAGUUUGCAAACGCCCUGAGCAAAUUUGUGGAGGAGCAGAACCUGAAGGACCUCAAGGUGUGGACAAGCCAGCUGAAAAGUACCAUCCAGACCGCAGAAGCCCUUCAUCUUCCCUACGAGCAGUGGAAGGCGCUCAACGAGAUCGAUGCUGGUGUUUGCGAGGAGAUGACAUAUGAGGAGAUCAAGGACACCUACCCCGAGGAGUAUGCUCUGCGGGAGCAGGACAAGUACUACUACCGCUACCCCACUGGGGAGUCCUACCAGGACCUGGUCCAGCGCCUGGAGCCGGUGAUCAUGGAGCUGGAGCGCCAGGAGAACGUGCUGGUCAUCUGCCAUCAGGCCGUCCUGCGUUGCCUCUUGGCCUACUUCCUGGAUAAGAGUGCAGAGGAGAUGCCUUAUCUGAAAUGCCCCCUUCACACCGUCCUCAAACUGACACCUGUUGCUUACGGCUGCCGUGUAGAGUCCAUCUACCUGCAUGUGGAGUCUGUGAGCACGCACCGGGAGAGGUCAGAGGAUGCAAAGAAGGGACCUAACCCGCUCAUGAGACGCAAUAGUGUCACCCCACUAGCCAGCCCCGAGCCCACCAAAAAGCCUCGCAUCAACAGCUUUGAGGAGCAUGUGGCUUCUACCUCCGCUGCCCUGCCCAACUGCCUGCCCCCGGAGGUGCCCACGCAGCUGCCCGGACAACCUUUGCUAGGGAAAGCCUGUUUAACAUGAAAGGCACCCAGAGCAGCAUCGACUCCAGGACACACUGAGGCCGGACCCAGCGGUUCCAUUCCAGUUCCAUUCCUGCAGCUUAGUUAGUGCUUUUCCCAUCUACCCGAGGCCAGCGAUUCCCCAGGACUUCUUCCGGAACGGGGUGGGUGGGAUCGAAGAGGGGCCUGCUGGUCAGAAAGAACUGGGCCGCCGACCGCGGCGGGGCAGCCGAGACCCCAGGAGGCCUCUCCCGGGGGCGUGCGUGGGGUCCGUGCCCUCUCCCUGGCCUCCCUGACCCUCCACACGGCUCAGAAAGGAUGAUGAGCCGUCGAAGAGGAGCUGGGAGAAGGCCCCGAGGAGGGGAUGUUGGCCUCCACGCUGUUUUGUUUUGUUUAGUUUCUAUGAUCCUGACCUGGUAUGUUCCCAGCUUGGGGAGAUGACACUCGGCCCCAGAAUCCUAAAGUUAAAGGGGGGCCUAGAUCUCAGUUGCUGAAGAGGAAGGGAUGGUGACAACCUUGGUGAAAACUUUUACAAGGCUCUUCUGUGCCUCGUGGCUCAGACGUUGCCUCGUGAAGGAAGGAUUCAGGCCUGCACCGGGCUGGGGCCAGAGGUGCAGGGAGAAGGCUCUGAGCCAGAUGCGCCUGUCUGAUCGGCAGCCACCUGCCGCGGGGCCACACGCCUUCCUUCCUGGGUCUGCCUUCUGCCUCUGGAGACGCUCAAGGACAGUCUGGCUGUGUUGGCAAAAGGAAAUAUUGUUCCAGAAGAGCCCCAGGGCCUCCCCCAUCCCCCUCCCCCCCAAGCUGCUUGCUCUUGCACUUUUUUAACUGGCAGAAGGCGGGAUGGGAAAGUUGCACCUUCUCUUCAGGAACCUCGAUGUUUGGGGUUCGUGCCCUUGGAGACUGGAGCUUGGAAAGCAUGUGGGGAACGGGGCAUGCCCAUGAGAUGGGGAGCUCAGAGGGACCCCAGUCAACCAGCGAGCAGCAAGUUGUUCGGAUCCUUGCAAGACUGACCCAGGAGAUGGAGCAGAGAUGAUCACGGCGCUGGCCUCCUUCCUUCAGGAUGUUCAUCGUCUCCCUGUGCUUCCCACGUGGGGACGGUGGCCCAGCCGAGACGUCCCCUGCGGCUGCGUCCUCCAAGAGGCUGUCUGUGGUCUCCUGACGGGACUGAGCUCAAUCCUGCAUAUUUUUGUGGAGCAUCUGCUAUACACCCAGCACGGUGCUGGCUUGCUUUAUUCCGAAGAAGAGAAUGUUCUCGCUUGCCUUUGGCUCCUGUGGCCUUUAUGGGGGUGGAUCAGACCAGGGCUUGUGGGACAUGUGGUUCUGAAUACCUGUAGUUUCUGCCUACUGGUUUCUCCUUGCUGCCUCCAUGGACUGGGGAUGAGCAGGUGUCUUGAGGCCCAGAAGAAAUGAUUUGGAGACUCCGUGGUAGAAUUUCCCCAAAUGACCCUUUGGGGAAUCUUCGAAGAAUCUCUAAAAGCUGGUGCCAAAGGUCACUUCCCUUGCUUGCCCUCUGCUUUCAAGUCUGACAGUCUCGCCCCUCUAAGCUGACGAGACAUGUACCAGGAGUGGGGUCGGGGUGUGGGGGUGGGGGACUCGGACAUCCAGAGCGGGGACUGGACAACACGUGUUUUUCUGGUUGGGGUUCAGUGGGACAUUGGGGCAUGCUUCCGAUACCAUACAAUCAAGUUCGUGGGUUUCACACUGAAACAUUCAGGUCCUCCCCCAUUCUUCCCCAGUUGGGCACUUUGCCCAAAACAAUGUCUGUGUAUCUUUGUUCCUGUGUGACCGAAGAUGGGUUAUUUUCCCUUUCCUGCCAUCUUGAGUCUCGUCAGACGGCAAGUGUGUGCGCACAAGCAUGUGCUUGUAGGUUGGUCGUAUUUUUAGACAGAGGGGCCUGCAGCUCUGCUCUUGAGAACAGCUUUCUUAAGUCCCUCUUUCUGGACAAGGCCCUCUUUCUGGCCUCCUUGUCAUGCUGGCUGUCAGAGCCGACUCUGAGUUUUGACCCUUCCUACCGAUCCACCUGGGGCUGUGUGUGGGUGCCCUCCCCCGGCCGCCAACUGCUGAGGUCAGUACCUACGGAAGUGAACAUCCUGAACACUCAUUUGUGAGGGCCCAGAUGGGGCGAGAGGACAUAAACACAGAAGAGGAGAGAGACCCCAGAGAGGUCAGAAUGCUUCCCGACUGAAAGCCGGGAUCUGACUCGAGGCGCUGGACGGAGCGUGUGUUUGAGCUGUGGUCAUGGGGCUACUGAUACUCUAUCACCUCUCCCCCCUUACUCCCCCCAAAAUAUCUGGGACCAAUUUUGUUAACUCGGCAUAGUUGUUUUUGGGUGGGCUUACCCCCUGUCCUUACUCUGUCCUGAGACCACGGGCGAAGCCCGUCAUUCGCGGGGAGAAGAGAAACAACCACACCAAUGAUGUUUUUGUUUGUAAUACUUGAAAUUUAUUUUUUUAUUAUUUUGAUAGCAGAUGUGCUAUUUAUUUAUUUAAUAUGUAUAAGGGAGCCUGAAAAUAGAAUGCUGUAUAGAUCGGGUUUAGUUGUUCGUUGGUUGGUUUGGGGGCCUUUUACGUGUGACUUACGACUUUCUCUGUGUUCUGUAUAUUGUCAGAAUUAAUGACCUGGGAUGAGGGUGUGCCAGCUUUUCAAACGGGAUGCUUUUCAGAAAUUUGUAUAUUUUGCAGUCGCCAGAACAAUAAAAUACCUGGUUGAAAUA